AUGAGCGCAGUGGUGGGCAGCCGCAUCGACGGUCUCAUAGUAUCGACAACGCGGUCGCUGCAGCCGUCGGCGUUGCAUGCGCUCGCCAUGCAUGAUAUUGUCGUGCAAGAAGACGAACUGCCGCCGAUCCCAGACCUGCACGGGUUCGAAAGCAUCGCCAAGUACGUGCUGGCGUACGACCAUGCCACGUUUGUCGAGAGCGAUAUGCGGAGCAAGUGGACAGCGGUGCGGUAUAUGGCCUUGCGCAACAUGUUGGCUGAAUGCGACCGCGUCAAGAAUACAGCAAUCCACGCCGACUGCGUCCGCAAAGUUCUCGACUGGUUCGAAGACUCUGGCCGCGCCUACUUGGAAGCGGACGUGGCGACGUCGCUGGCGCACGUUUCACCGACCAAGCCACCUCCGAGGAAUCAAGGCAGCGACAGCCAUCCUGUCGACAUGGUCAGGCCACCGUUGUCCCAGCCAUCCGUUCCGGAGCAGCUCGAGCGAUUCAAGACGCGAGACCUUCGCACAAGCCAUAUCCACCGCAUUGCAGAGCUGCGAGAACGAGGGUUCACCGUCGCGUCUCCCCGGGAGCUCGACAUUUCUUCUGAUGGCGACAGCAAUCAAGUCGAGGCCGUGCGCCCGACCCACCCAGCGGAUCGCCGUGUGCAUGCGCAGUACCAAUACCACACUCCGGAAACGGACGCAGAGCACGAGCUCAACCAGCUCUGGUUGCUGCAACGUCAAGAAGAUGCCGCGACGAAAGUCAAGCAUGACGAAGUCGAGACGGUGCUGCACAAGUGGUCCCGCAACCGCAGUCGUGAAGAAGCAGAGUUCCUUCGAAAGCAGGAGUCCACCCGCAUGAUGGCGCAUAAGCAGCACCCGAACUUGCCCCUCCACGUGACUCUUGCUGACAACGGCACCAACCAAGACGAGUACUCCCUCGACCCGUCAGCAUCUUCUGCGACGAAAUGUCAAACCAAACAUUCUGUCGCCCCCGUGGUAAUCAAGAAGAAGCCUUCUGCCACGGGCAUGCGCUUCCGGAACCCCCUUCCCCCCAACUAUCGCCCGUCGCCGACGGCUAUCGCAACGGCGUCAGCAGGGGCAACACCCCCUCCUCCUUCGAUGAACCCAAAAUCUCCAUCAUUUGUCCGCAGCAAUUCGGCGGCGACUGUGGGCGAACAUGCCGCCCCCCCGGACAAAGAUGUCAAGGACAAGUAUUUGCCGUUUACGGCGUCGUACACGUCGCUCGUCGCCCCAGACGCCAAGCAGGCACAAAUGCAGCGCAUGGCGUCCAAGCGGGUGCAGAAGGUGAAAAGACCCGGCGAUAGUCGUGGCUUCAUGCAACCUGACGCGGUGGCGAUGGGCGACCCCGAGCUCAAACUCUUUUUCGAAGCGUCGUUGGAGCGCCAAUGCGUUGUGGGUCGGGGGCCGACGGGUGGAAGUCGAGGCACCCUCGUUGGACCGUCGCAAUUCGUUCUGCAACCAUCGUCAAGAGGCCUCGUCCAUUCUAGCAGCGCCAUCGACGUGAAGCGUCCAAUGGUCGCUGGAACGAGUUCCCUUCGCGCACAGCAGACGGAUGAGCUCGCAGACAUUCGUGCGGCUUUUGAGCGCCACAACCUCUCGUACAACCCUGCGGUUUUUGAACGGGCGAUCUUGAUUCCCGAGGACAAAUCCGCGACCGAAUGUGCCAAGCACUUGCCGAUUGCCGGGUCGAAACUCGUCGAGAACCCGCUGCUGGCCACCAAGUUGAAGCUCAUGAAGCAUCUCGAUGGCAGUGGGAAGAAGAAGAAGAAGAAGGGGAAGAAGGGGGCGAAGAAAGGGGGCAAGAAGGGCGCAAAGAAAAAGAAAGCCAAGUAA